GACCGCAAUUGACGUCCGAACAGGGACCCCCGAAGAGACCCCGUAACCCCGAUUGCAGUGCUGGCCACGGCAUGACUGGAGGAAAGGAGCUUGAUCACGAGUCUGCAGCUCGGGAAAAGGAUCCCGAUGGGUACCAGUCAAAUGGACCAGACCUUAUUCGUUGGAUGAACAGACUGAGACUAAGACGACCCAGAGGGAAGAAAAGAUCAAGGAAGCAGACAAACAAGUUCACUGGGUGGUGUGGGAAAGACCACCCUGGGUCAAUAUUGUUGAAUUACAAGAGGUGAUUCCGGAGGUUACCUUGCAUAUACAACAACAAGGUGUUGAUAAUGAACAUGGGUGGAAUCUCACUGUGGACUCAGGAGGGCUGAAAUUUCCUCCUUUAUUGAAUGUUCACCAUGAAGUACUGAACUAUAAAUCAGUCUCUUUCAACUGGACAGGUUUGACUUUUAACCCCCCACUCUGUUAUAAUCACAAUUCUUGUUUACCUCUGACUAAUCUCACUGAUCAUUUUUAUGGGGCUCUUCAAAGUGGGGAACAAGUAUCAUCAUCUCAGCCUCGACUCCAAGGCGACUUCACUGCCUGGGCUAAGAUCUCCUAUCAAGGUUGGAAAGGAACCAUCACAAACCAGACCAAUACCACUAUCCAAAGUGAUCAUUGUCCUUAUAAAACUCAAUGGCAAAUGCCUUUUACAAGUGUACAGGGAGUCUUCCCUCCUUUGUUAAAAUGUGAUAGGACGGAAGUGGAGAUCGUACAGUAUUAUAAUUUGACCUUCUUUUCACAGCAUAAUGAUACCUUAUGUCAUAAUAAUUCAUUCCCACAUGCACCUUCCAAAAGAAAUGCUGCCUGUUUUAUAGGGGGUUUUGCAUUACCCUGCUGGAGGUCGUUCAACCAGAUAUACGACAGAGCCAGGGGAUAUAGUUAUAGUAAAAUUCCUUUGGCUAUGUUUGGAAUUCAGGUCCACAACUAUAGGGUACUAGUUCUCAAUAACACAGGAAAUCCUAUUCCUCAUUAUAUGUCAGGAAGAUAUAACCUUACAGCUUGUAUGUCGGGAGAUUAUGCUUUCCUGUCUGGUCCAAAGGACAGUAUUAUUAUUAACCACACUAGCACUCAUUGGAAUAUAAGUUGUAACAAUUGUAAUGUUUCAGAAUGUGUGGACCAGUCUCAUCACGAUAAGACAGUGUUGGUUGUUAAAAGGCCUUCUAUGGCACUCAUGACAGCCACGCAUGAAGGAGCUUGGUAUGGUACCCCUGCCGAUAGAACAAUAGACAAAUUGAAUCAGCUGAUAAUUCACCGGCAAAAGAGGUGUAUUUCCUGUAUAAUUCUAGGAAUCGUGGCUUUACUAUCUGCUAUAACAGCCGCGACUACUGGAGGCAUUGCUUUAUCCCAGUCAGUAUCUAACGUUAGAACCUUACAACAUGAUGCUUCUUAUCUGCACUCCUUAGCCGCUAAUGUAACAGAUGCUUUGAAAAUUCAAAAUGAAGUUAAUCAACAGUUUUUUAAUGCUAUUAAUCAAGUAGCUAAAGAUGUACUAUUGUUAAAUGAAGAAGUUAAACAUUUAGCCAUUAAAGCUAAAUUGCGCUGUGAUUAUCGAUAUACUGCAUUUUGCUUAUUACCUGUAAAAGUGAAUAGUACCUUAGAUCCUUUUGAGAAAAUUAGUAAAGACUUACAAGGGUUGUGGAUGAAGGGUAACGUUACAGAAGAUAUGCAAAAGUUGGAACAGAUAAUUAAGGAUAUGGAUGAGGCCUUGAAAGAGGACCUAUCCCCAGAGCACAUUGCUGAAAAAUGGUAUGAAUGGUUACAGUCUGGCCGAGCUUUAUGGUCCCCCCUUGGACAUUUGAUUGUUACUAUGAUUUCUUUUGUUAUUAUUCUUAUAGUGGUAGUUCUAAUCCUGCCAUGUAUCCUUCGUUUUGUUGUGAGUAAUCUUUUAACCUUGGGUCGAGUGAUUCUGCAGCAGAAAGCCUUGCUAACAAAAAGGGGGAAUUAA